CUAAUAGUGGAGUCUGAAGAGUCGAGUUUAUUUUCUAUUUGAAAAGUAAAUGAUCUAGCCUAUUAACUGCAUUUGCAAAAAUAGGCCAAACUAAGACAUGUGCUCAAAUUGUAUAUGAUUGUUUUGUUUUGGCUCACCUAUUGAAUACCAAUUUCCUGGUAUUCCGUUGCACUUGGAAUAUUUAUAGGGUCGAUUUGUAACGCAGAAGAUACUUCUAAAGAUGUCAAGCAGGAGAUAUGCUAACAUUUUCGUUCUUGGAGUGACAUUUCUUGUAUAUCUUACAUUUUCGAAAUGUGGGACACUAGUGAGGCGUUCAGCCCGUAAAGGGCACGAGAUGCAGAGGCGAACGGCGGGCAGGUACCAACACGCAACCGUGAAUGAUCAAGUUUAUCAGACUCAGUGGAGAAUGACGACGACUUCAAAACCCAAAUUAAAACAGAAACAGGACCAUUUUAAUGGAAAGAAAUACUGGAAAUACGCAACUAAUGUCACACUUCAGUUAAAUGGGACUAACGUAUGUGGAAACAGGUGCUGCCACGGAUGGACCGUUUCACCCAAGACUCAGAAAUGCACCAAACCAAGAUGCCUUCCACGUUGCCACAACGGAGCCGUGUGCAGGCAGCCCAACAUCUGUGAAUGCCGAACGGGCUUCUACGGGGCACGCUGUGAGUUUGCAAGCGUGACCUAUGGCCUCGUAGGCCUACCCUGGGCCUUCCUGCGCCCCACCAGCCCCAUGGUCAGCACCACCACCACCCUCUCACCAACCACCGUCAUCCCCAACACCACCCCAGUGCCCACUGAGACCACAGCUGCAUGGAGGACAGAGGGGACACCAGUCAGCACUGUGCGCUGGAAACCUCUUACUCUGCAGGAGGCUCAGUCAGUGCUGCUAAAGAAGGCAUUGGCCCGUGGGGGUCGAGGCGACAAGAUGACCUCCAUCCUGAUGAAACACAUCGAGACAGAGCGGAAGAAGCUUCAAUCAGCCUCACCGUCAGACCUACAGGACACCCGGACCACCAGUGUCAAGAGCUUCCACACCCAGAAGGGCCAGUACACCAUCCACAUGAGCCCACCUGCAGCCAGAAACCAGACCGCCGGCCACCGAGGAGGAACGGCAGCAGGGGUAGGAAGGAGAGGAGCUGAGCGCAUCAAGGUGCUCUUCACGCCGACCGUCUGCAAGGUGCGCUGCACCCAGGGACGCUGCACCAACUUCUGCGAGCAGGGCAAUGUGACCGCCCUCUACAUCAGUGAACAGGGGGACCGGGCUGCGCUGGGACCGGGCUUCAGAGUCUUCCUGUGCCCCAUGUUGUGUCAGAACGGAGGGGUCUGCAUCCAGAAGGACCGCUGCCUCUGCCCGCCAACCUUCACCGGCAAGUUCUGCCACAUCCCCGUGGCCACGCCCUCCACCAAUGACAUUGAGAAGCCUCCGCGCAGCCCCUCGGUGCUGGCCAGUCAGCAGCUGCUGUCCCAGUCGGAGUACAUUCUCCCCCUGCAGAGCCAGCAGCAGAGCCACAGUCAGCCCAGCGGUGCAUCUGGCUCAUCCAUGGUGAAGGUGCGGGUGCAGCACCCACCAGAGGCCAGCGUGAAGAUCCACCAGGUGCUGAAGGUGGGCUAUGGGCCAGGCACGGUUAGGGAGCAGUCGGAGACGGUCACCUGGUCAGCAGGCCUCUCGGGUGCCAGCACCAGUGUUCUGCCAGGGGAGAGGGCCGCAGCCACACCACCUAAACCCAGAGUCCAGGCCCAGACCCUCCACGGUAACUUCACCAACCCAGAAUCUUCUGUGUUCAAGUACUGCUUCAGGGAGGUCCGCAACGGCCAGUGCAGCUCACCUCUCCCAGGACUCAGGAGUCAGGACACCUGCUGUCGAGGGAUUGGAUUGGCCUGGGGCAUCAACGAGUGUGUCCUAUGUCCCCCUAACACAGGAAAUGGAGUCGAUGGGAGCUGUCCGGCUGGAUUUGAGAGGAUCAACGACACCCAGUGUGUUGAUGUUAAUGAGUGUUUGCAGCCAGGCUUCUGUGAGAACGGCAACUGUGUGAACACUCGAGGGAGCUACAGUUGUGUCUGCAGGCAAGGAUACAUACUGGACGCCUCUCACGGGAUCUGUAUCUCCCAUAGGGUGAUCUCGGAGGAUAAGGACCAGUGCUAUCGUAUCCUGAACUCUGGCUCUGGCCGUGGUAGCUGCUCCGUGCCCAUCCUCAGGAACAUCACCAAGCAGAUCUGCUGCUGCAGCCGCGUGGGCAAGGCCUGGGGCGAGAACUGUGAGAGGUGUCCUUACUUUGGAUCAGUUGCUUUCAAGGAGAUCUGCCCAGCAGGGCCUGGCUACCACUACUCUGCCUCUGUCAUCCAGUUCAACCAGAGGUUGCUGGAGCAGCACGGGACUGGAGGUCCCCCUGUCAUAUCCCAGAGCACGGGACAGACCAGGCCACAACAACCAGCCAGAGGUGGUGCACAGACUCCCCAAAAUAGUCACCAACAAUCUUCAGGCUCUCUCACUCCCCAAACCAGGCCUCAACAACCAGGUAUCACUACUCUGCUCACCACUCCGACCAGACCCCAACAGCCAGGUGGUGGCGCUCUCACGCUUCAGACCAGACCCCAGCAGCCAUCAGUGGAGCAGUGGAGCAGUGGAGGCUCCCUGUCCUCCCAGGGCAGACCACAUAUUCCAGCCAGCUCUGUUACAGCAGGACCCACCCGGGUGGUGACCGCUCGGCCCCUCACUCAGACCCAAUGGCUUCCAGUUGACCGACGGCCAGUAUCUCCAGUGAGACCUGCCCAGCCCCUCCCACCUCUGGUCACGCCCCGCCCACCCAUCCCCAGGCCAGUGCGGGGUGUGUGUGAGACCAUGCCCCAGGUGUGUGGACAGGGCCGUUGUGUGAACCAGCCCGGAGGGAGACAUACCUGCAUCUGUAACGAGGGAUACCAACUCAAUGCUCAGCAGAAUCAGUGUCAAGACAUAGACGAGUGCAGGGCGUCUCUCCCGCCCUGCGGCAGCGGCCGCUGCCAGAACACAGACGGGGGCUACAGGUGCAGCUGCCCCUCUGGAUACCAGCCGGGACCCCGGGGCACCAGCUGUAUAGAUAUUGAUGACUGUCGUCAGGUUACGAACCCCUGUAACAACGGCCGCUGUGAGAAUAGCCCUGGUAGCUUCAAAUGUGUCUGCCGCACUGGGUACACGCUAGAGGGAAACGCAUGUAAAGAUGUGGAUGAGUGUGAGGACCCCUUGAGGUGUCCUGUUCAGGCCUGUGCCAACUCUCCAGGAUCAUACAAGUGUGUGUCUUGCCCGCCAGGCUUUGGCCUGCUCAACGAACAAUGCUCAGACGUUGACGAGUGCCAUCAGACCCCCAGCCUUUGCACCAAUGGUCAUUGUGAGAACACUCCUGGGAGCUACAGGUGUGUUUGCCACACAGGAUACAAACUACAAGGCAAGACCUGCACAGAUGUGGAUGAGUGUGAGGACCCUUUGAGGUGUCCUGGUCAGGCCUGUGUCAACUCUCAGGGUUCUUACAACUGUGUGUCCUGCAAGCCAGGCUUCAGAAUGAUCAAUGGACAUUGCUCAGAUAUAGAUGAGUGUCGUCAGACCCCCAGCCCAUGCACCACCGGUCACUGCGAGAACACCCAGGGUAGCUACAGCUGUGCGUGUCUCACUGGCUACAGACUACACGGUGAUACCUGUACAGACGUGGAUGAAUGUGCAGACCCGUCCCAGUGCCCUGGCCAGGAGUGUGUCAACUCCCUGGGCUCAUACAAGUGUGUGUCCUGCAAGCCCGGCUUUGAGCUGGUCAACAGACACUGCACAGAUGUUGACGAGUGUGAGAACGCUCUGCAGUGUCCUGGUCGGGAGUGUAUCAACUCUGAGGGCUCCUUCAUAUGUGUGGCCUGUAGCCCAGGCUUUGAGGCUGGAAACGGACAGUGUACAGAUAUUGAUGAGUGUCGCCAGACCUCCAACCUAUGUGCCAACGGUCGCUGUGAAAACACUCCGGGUAGCUACCGGUGUGUUUGUCGCACCGGGUUCAAACCGCAGGGCAGCAUCUGUAUUGACCUGGAUGAAUGUGAAGACGCCUCACAGUGUCCUGGGCAACGGUGUGUGAAUUCUGAAGGCUCCUACAAGUGUAUCGCCUGCAAAGCGGGCCACGGCAUGCGAGAUGGGUUAUGCACAGAUGUGGAUGAAUGCCAGAGCCCUGACACCUGUGGUGCAGCGAGGCUGUGCGUGAACACGGACGGCUCCUACCGCUGUGACUGUCAGCCAGGCUACAGAACCGCUGGCCUCGGACGCCAGUGUCGAGAUGUCAACGAGUGUCUAGAGGGGGAGUACUGCUUCCCCAGGGGAGAGUGUGUGAACACAGAGGGCUCCUACCGCUGCGUGUGCUCCCAGGGAUACACCACCAGCAGCGACGGCGGCUCCUGCCUGGAUGUGGAUGAGUGUGCCAGGUCAGGCCCGGGGGCGUGCCAGGAUGGCCGCUGUGUCAACACAGAGGGCUCCUACCAGUGCCAGUGCCAAGUGGGAUUCACCACCAACCCAGAGAAGACAGCCUGUCUGGAUGUAGAUGAGUGCUCAGAGGGAGCAGUGUGUCGGUCACAACGUUGUGAGAACACCGUUGGCUCCUACCGCUGUAUCACCUCCUGUGAGCCGGGCUACCGGGUCACCCGCACCGGAGAGUGCGUUGAUAUCAACGAGUGUGCCAAUGAGACCGUAUGCGGGGAGCAUGCGUUCUGCCAGAACCUAAUUGGAACAUACCAGUGCAUGUGUGACCAGGGCUACACAGCCACCAGCGAUGGGAAGGGAUGUGUGGAUGAAAACGAGUGUGAGACGAUGCAGGGCGUGUGUGGCACGGCGCGCUGUGAGAAUGUGGAUGGCUCCUUCAUGUGUGAGUGUCCAGGAGAGGGGGAAGAGUUUGAUACGCGCUCAGGACAGUGCCUCAGCACGCCCCGACCAGGUCGUCCGGCGUACCCUGGCGGCUCCUCCUCUUCUUCGUCUUCCUCCACCACCGGUCUCGGUCCCCAGCGUCGGCCCGAUGCGUCCCAGCUGCCCCCUGCCCGGCCUGGCGAGUUCAGGGAGUGUUACUACAGCACCGGGGAGCAGAGCUCGUGCAGCGUCCUGGCCCACAACACCACCCAGCAGGAGUGCUGCUGCACCGUGGGCCAGGGCUGGGGCAUGGGCUGCCAGUACAACCCCUGUCCUCCGCUAGGCACAGCCGAGCACCAGGCGUUGUGCCCCAGCGGACGAGGAUAUGUUACCGGGCCAGGUGCAUUUAGCUACAAAGAUGUGGAUGAGUGUAAGCUGUUCCACCCUGAGGUGUGUAAGAGUGGUGUAUGUGUCAACAACAUCCCUGGCUACUCCUGCUACUGCACCAUUGGCUACUACUACGACGAGGUGUUUCUGGAGUGCAUCGAUGUUGAUGAGUGUGAGGCAGGGGAGGACAGCUGUCCAGGGGGAAUCUGCGUCAACAUAUUAGGCUCACACUUCUGUACCUGCGAGCCUCCUCUUGUGUUGGACGACACUCAGCGCAGCUGUGUCAAUUCCACUGACCUCGCCGUAGAUGAGAACCUAUCGUUCUGCUGGCAGUUUGUCACAGCAGACCUGGUGUGUCAGAGCCCCCUGCUGGGUGGACAGGUCACCUUCACUGAGUGCUGCUGUCUGUAUGGAGAGGGCUGGGGACUGCAUUGUGCUCUGUGUCCUGCCAGAGACUCAGAGGACUAUGAGGCUCGAUGUAACGUCUUCCUGGGGCCCCCAGAGUUUCCUCCCCCCUUCCCUGACCCCUACGGGCCGGACCCAGGGCCAGGACCCGGCAGAGGAGGAGAGGGAGGAGGAGGAGUGGGGUAUCGCGUGCCCUAUGGACCGGACUCCUUCCCAGACCCCAUCCCCCGCAGGCCUGAGUACCCCCAGCCUGACUAUGACGACUACACACCAGCGGGAGGCACCAGGUCUGGCUUCAGAAGCAGAACGCCCAGCACCUUCAGCGUCCCAGAGAGCCCAUACAGACGGCCCUCAGGAUACAUUCCUGAGCGGUACUAUGACGAGGACGACUACGGCCCGCCUGACGCUCCUCCGAGACCCCAUUUCCGGACCCUCCCAGACCCUCGUUCUGAGCUUGCCUUUGGGGCGCGACCCCCUCCCCCCAUCCGAGAGGGCCUCCCUCUGAGUCUGGCCCCCCUCUCGGACAGUGACCCCUACAGUGAGGAGGAGGAGGAGGGGCCAGAACCCUGGCGUGUGGGACCCCCUUUCCCUCCGUUCCCUGACAGACAGGGGCCAGGUGGUGGUGGUGGCCCACGGAGAGUCUAUGAGAGACGAUAUGAGCCGUAUGCAGGCCUGAGCACAGAGGACUGUGGGAUACUGCACGGCUGUGAGAAUGGCAGGUGUAUCCGGGUGGCGGAGGGAUACACGUGUGACUGCUACGAGGGCUACGAGCUGGACAUGACCUCCAUGGCCUGCAUAGACAUCAAUGAAUGUGUGGAUCCUGACAACGCGUGUGCGAACGGCCGAUGCAUCGACACAGACGGCUCCUAUCGCUGUGUGUGCCACCAGGGCUACGUCAUGUCCCGCCGGCCCAACCACUGUGUGGCAGCAUAACACAGCUACUACUUUGAACAUUGUCUUCCCCCACUCAUCAGUCCUAUCUGCUACUGGGGAAGUGUUCCCUCUGGCCUCCACAGGCUCGGGUCAGGGGCUCACGAAAGUACCUGUCCAUUUUCUGACCCGAGAGAAAAGCUAAGAGGGUUGUUCUCUGAAGAAAACGCCGACGUAACUGACGCACAGUGUCUGAGAGAGAUUUGAGUCCAAAGAACUCUGAUAUUAAUACGGUUUGAGUUCUAUACAAGCACACACAACUCAUUAUAUAUACACAUGAGCUCAACCAAGCACAUACACUCGAGACUGCUAUUAUAAAGCAGGUAAAUAAAUAUGUCCAUUCGCCAAACCUUUCCUUUGAUGUUGAAAUGCGUAGUGGUGAAAAAGAGGUUAACGUACAUUGUGCAGAAUCCUAACGAUACGAACACGUAUCUAAAGGUAGGAUCCGGCCCAUUGAGAUGGCUCACUUUGAGCUCAAUCGUGAUCAACACACCGUGUUCUGUGCCUCGACCCUGAGGCAGACGGGAACCAUUGAAUGGGGCCAGUGUAGUCUCUUAAGACAAAGAUGACAAGCUACUGCUACAGACGAGCAGAGCCUUUGUCUAAGACAGAAUCCCUGUCUGUGGAUGUUUUGUUAACGAACACUCUCUUUAGCUGGAAUGUACAGAAAACACAGCAACAUCACGACAUCGCUGAACCAAAUGUCUGUCACUCUAAAAUGUCAGUGACUUGUAAUUCUCUCCAUUUGUUGAUUUUACAACCCCGCCGGUGUUUGGUUUUGUGAUUGCUUCUUGUAUUAAUUUAUGCUGUUUAAAGUUAAGUAGCUCUUUAUGUAAUGAUAACUUGUAUUAUUUUACAGAAAUGUAUAUGCGGACGAGGAAGCUACACAUCACUGACGUGUCUGUACAUUUUAUCUCUUUAGACUUUUGUAGCCAAAUUGGAUUUUUUUUUUUUUUUUUCAUGAGAAUCGAAUGUACCUGAAAACUGAUAUAAGAUAGUUGACUUUGUAUUCACAAUUUGAAAUGUUGUUUGUGUGAUCAAAACACAAUCCGUGAUAAAAUACCAUGUACAUAUUUACAAUUGAGAACUUUUUUACCAAAUGGUAUCUGUUUCAGUGAGUAGAACCUUCUCUGUAAAUGUUCCUACUUCCUGAUGUAGUUUACAAGCUGAAACAAACCCGAAAGCAUUUCCACCUUUCAGCACCUAAAGAUGUAUAACACUAUGCACUGUAUUUGUGGAUGACGCAGCUCUUGUGUACUUUUUACUCACAACUUUGUACAUUUUUAAAAUUUGUUUCUGGAAUUUGUUCAUUGUUUUGUCAGUGAUUUUUGUAUCAUUAUUGCUAUGAAAAUGAUUUGAAAAUAUAUUUGCACACUUUCCAUUCCAA